AUGUAUGCCUCGCUAGCACUACUUUUGCUCCCAUUUGGAGCUUUAUCAUUGCCGUUUGAAGAUUCUGCACAAACAGUCGAGUCUUCUCUUGGGAGAAGAUGCGGUAGAACUCCUUGCAAAGGCGUUCCUAGCACCGGCACCCCCGAUGCGCUGUGCAAUAACAAAUUCCUGGGGCCUAAGAUCCUUACGGCAGUGGAAGACCCCGAGUGGUCUGAGAUGUUCCACGGAUAUAAUCCUCUUGGGAAUUACUGCCCGAAGGACUUCCUCCUAGAAUUUGCGCCUAGUGGCAAGCAAUACGAUUAUCCCGAGAAGGACGGUGCACUGUUGGACUCGGUUGGCGUCCCCGUUACGACAGAAUACACCCUUGAGGAAGGAAUGGAGCUUGAUCGGUUCGGAACUCAAUAUGGAGGCUACUUAGCACCAAGGGGUACUCCUUUCGCCUGGAGAUCCAUUCCGCCAAGCAACUUGAACAAGUAUCCCAACAGUCCGGAGUACAACUACUGGGUAUGGAGGGUCGUCACAAGCUUUAACGUUACGGGUGGGCCAAUCGCACCUUACUUUGGGCAACCAGGUUAUGGCUUGCAGUUUUACUACGAGGGUGGCUUGAAACUGCUGGAAGACCACGGAGUCAUCGAGCUUGUUGAUAAGAAGAAGUGCUCAUGUGAAGUACCCCACGACGACUUGAAAUAA